AUGGCAAUCGUGCAAUACAUUUUGCUUAGAAACGACUUGAAUUUCUCCAGAGGUGCUCUGAUUGCUCAGGCCUGCCACUCAAGUGUUUACUCCAUUGAAAGAUACAGAGACCAUCCGGAUACAGUAGAAUAUCUGAGGAACGUAAGGCUUAUGACAAAAGUAGUCCUCAAGAUAAAAGGAAAAGAUGUGGGAGAGAUAAUAGACCAUCUUGUUUCAAAAAACAUAGAUCACACUGUUUGGGUUGAGGAGCCAGAAAGUAUAACCACAUGCAUAUCUCUUAGGCCCUAUGCCAAGGACAAAAUUGCAGAUGUUGUUGAGUACUUCAAAAGAUUCAAGCUGUUCUAG